AUGUUCCACAGACGCAAAAGACCUUAUAACGCGAGGAAUUAUGGCCACGAUAGCAAAAAAUUCAAAUCGCAGCAUGUCGAUAUUCUGCCUGACUUCAGCCCUUCCGGUUUGUUAGAGCUGGAGUCGAAUAAUAGAGAAGGCAUAGCUUUGAAGCAUGUAGAGCCACAGGACGCUAUUUCUCCUGAUAAAUACAUGGAUAUGCUGGGAUUGCAGCCGCGAGAUAGGAGUGUUUAUGAACUAGUGAUAUACAGAAAGAAUGACAAAAAUAAAGCACCGUGGAAAAGAUACGAUUUGAAUGGCAGGAGCUGUUAUUUAGUCGGUCGUGAACUGGGGCGCAGUCUGGACGCAGAACUUGACGAUAGAAAGGAGACGGUGGUCGCGGACAUUGGUAUACCAGAAGAAACUUCCUCAAAGCAGCACUGCGUUAUUCAGUUUAGAAACAUUCGUGGCAUUUUGAAAUGCUAUGUCAUGGAUUUGGAUUCCUCCAAUGGGACAUGUUUGAACAACGUUGCAAUUCCUGCAGCCAGAUAUAUAGAGCUACGAAGUGGUGACGUCCUCACACUUUCGGAAUUUGAAGAAGAUACGGAUUAUGAACUUGUCUUUAUUAAUGUAUAA